AUGCCCCAAAGUCGCUGUUACUCCCUCAGAACUACCUACAAAGCACCACCCCUGUCUGCAAUCAACCAUGAAUCUCAUCCUACCAGCUUUGAAGAAGUAUUUAUUUUACCCAGCAGCUACCAUGGCAGAACCUGGCUCCUGGAUAACUUUCAAGAAACCUGCAGUGAACCUUCCAAGUGGAAAGAGCCCAGCCAUGAACAGGAACUGCACAAGGAGGAGAAAGGUGGACAAGCUCCCUGCCUUCCCAGAGGUGUCCAAACAACUUGUUUUAAUUCCAGGUGCUGGGAAAUGACAACAUGCCAAUCAGAAAGUUCCGAGGCAAUGUCAGGGUGUGUGUCUCAGUCUUGCCAGCCAAGAAGUACCCAGCGAUUGGGCUACAUGGCUCAGAGAAGCCAACCUGGGGGUUGGACGGCCAAUUGCUGUCCACAUAAUAUGUGCAUAGUUAAUAGUCACCAAAGUCGGCAAUGUGAAUCUAGCCAGUGCCAAUGUCAGAGUUCUGCACACAGUUUCUGUAGUUGUGCUUUGUCAGGAAAACCAAUCCUGAAAUCUUCUAACUCCUAUGAGGCAACGUGCUGCAUUACUGGUGGUUUGGAAUUGCCUACGAAGUAA